GGAUUGGAUUGGAUUGGAAUUGCUCCAUUUCAUCAUCCUCUGCUUUCAAACUCUCGUCUUUCUGAUCGGCGGCGACCUGCUCUUUCACCGGAGAAUACUCACAGUUUCAAAACUUAUUCUUGCUCGAUCUCAAUUUAACAGUUUUUAUUUGCUUGUGGAGUUGUAGGAAAGGUGUAUAGUAUGUGGUGUUUGGAUCAGUUUUAGCAAUGUGGAGGAUAUGCUCAAAUUAGCAGAUUUUCAGGAGGAAGAGGAGGAUUUGUUACUAUUAGCUGUUUUGCUGCUGUUUUGAGCACCUUUUGUGGUCUGCCAUUUUCAAGGUAAAGAUGAAGAGGGUGUUUAGAAUAUACGAUAUAGGAGCAGCAAAAUCAGAGCUCUUGUAUUCCCACCGUGGAAUUGUUACACCCAAAUGUCCAACGAAUCCAACAAGAAUACCCACUGCCACCCGAUCUUUAUCAUCUAAAGCCAUGUCAGAUUUGUAUGGACAGUUUGCUGAUAAAUGGACUUACGCUGAGGUACGAGCCAAAGAAGAACUGAUCGAAAAAGUUUCUUUAUUCAGAGAUGAAUUGAUGAAGAAUGUGAAAGACGAGUACACUUUUGAAAAACUGUUGGAAGUUGAAGGGUCGAAUUUGUUCAAGAUGUAUUCUGAUGGGGCUGCUUUGAUUGAGCUUCUCAGGUUGUUGGAAUCUUCUCCUCAUUUGGCUAUCAAGGUUUUCGAUUGGAGAAGAAAAAAAGAGAAAAUGAGGCCUAUGUCAACAGAAGAAUACGCAAAAGGCAUUAAAAUUGCGGGUCGAAUGAAGAACGUAGAGCUAGCCGUUGAAUUUUUCAUGGAAGCUACUAACAAACGGGUCAAAACUACCUCGACUUACAACGCUCUUAUGGGUGCGUAUAUGUGCAACGGCCUAAGCGAAAAAUGUCAAUCGGUUUAUUGCGAUUUAAAGCAAGAUACCAAUUGUUGCCCCACGUCGGUCACAUUCAACAUGCUGAUAUCAAUUUUCGGCCAUAGAGUUCUUGUUGACCAAAUGGAAGCCGUGUUUCAAGAAAUGAAAUAUUACAAUAUUGCCCCGAAUAUAACCACAUACAAUAACAUGAUCGCGGGUUAUCUCACUGCAUGGAUGUGGGAUAGUAUGGAGAAUAUUUACCGUAUGAUGGAAACCGGACCCGUACGCCCUAAUAUCAACACGCACUUACUAAUGCUUCGCGGGUAUGCACAUUCGUGUAAUUUUGAGAAAAUGGAGGAGAUUUAUAAUAUGGUGGGACCUCACAUUCACGAAAACCAUACGACUUUGAUUAGAGCUAUGAUAUGUGCGUACUGCAAGAUUCCUUAUAGAAACCGAGUUAAACGAAUUGAAGAACUAAUGAGAUUAAUCCCGGAAAACGAGUACCGACCGUGGUUAAACGUGCUGCUUAUUAGAGUUUAUGCAGAAGAGGAUAUGCUUGACCAAAUGGAUAAGUCAAUAAACGAGGCGUUUGCGCAUAAGACGAGUGUAAACACCGUGAGGAUCAUGCGUACGAUUCUUUCGACUUAUAUUAGGAACAACGCUGUGGACAAGCUGGCAAGGUUUGUAACUCAUGCCGGAGAUUCGGGGUGGAGGAUCUGCCGCUCGCUGUACCAUGGGUUAUUGUGGAUGUUCGCUUCGCAGAAACGGAUAGAGGAAAUGGAGCAGGUUCUUGUUGAGAUGGAAAGAUUUAAUUACGGGUGGUCUAAACGAACGUUUUAUAUAUUGUAUAAGGCUUAUUCGGAGCACGAAGAAGAAUAUCGACAUAAGUUGUAUAGGGUGUUAGGGUUGAUGUGCAAGCAUGGGUAUGAAAUUCCAUUGUAGCAGAUGUUUAAUUUGAAUGUAGAAUGUGAGAACUGAGAAAGAAACCAUUCGGAGCAAAUUUUUGACACUGGUCGUGUGUUUUGUUAUCGUACUUUUUGUCGGGUAUUUGAGAAAUAAACACAUUCGUUAAGUUAUACGUUAA